UUCACCUGAUAUCGGCCUAUAACACCGAAUUGUUGGGAGGUCAGCCACGCGAAUUGUUUCGAUUUAUCGUUUUUUACAAACCAGUUAGAGAUCAACGGAACUAUGGCUUUCACAGAUAUCGUAAUCGUCGGCGCAGCUGCCAUCGAGAAGUUGCUUAAAGACUUCAACGUGGUUGAUAUUGAUUCUGUAGACCGUUCGCUCAAAUACACAGGGGUGACAAUCAAGCUAGCCAACGGUGGAAGGAAGGUGGCAACGAUCCUAGCGAGAGACCCAGAAUGGGGUUCGCCUUCCAAAGGGCCUUUUAAGUACUAUGGGGAUAGGAUCUGGCUUAACGAGAUUAAUGCUGUAUUGACAGGGCAGAGAGCACCUGUACGGGCAGUCCCAAAGUGGUGCAAGAGCACCAUAGGCUGUGUGGAUCAUCCUAGCUAUAUCGAAUCUUUGGCAAUGGCUUGUUGCUUCAACACUGUUAAGCAAACACCGGGACGUAAAUCGCUGAUAGAUAACGGCAUACUUGACAUCAACCAGCUGCUUGCAUACAUCAUCUGGAUCCCAGGACUAGAGUCAGUUCACCGACAAUAUUACUGCAAUCCAGAUGAGGGUAUAGAAACGAAGACUCGUGCCGAAACUGACGAGGAUAAGGCUUAUUGCAGUUCGCGGAUGUUGCUGUGCACCAAGAACAUUGCAGGUGAUUCACAUGACAUACUCGACUCACUGUUGACCAAAAGAUUCCAAGCCAUCUCUUCUGUGAUGAACGCUCCUGCCACACAGAUUAAAGAUUUCAAGGAUGUCUUUGCUUAUGAAGAUCUACUCCAGCUCCAGAGGAUUACCUCUCACUACCCUAACUUCCGCUCAUGCAUGUUCCGGACUCUCCUUAUUUCUCGUCAUCCCAUAGCGCAACACAUGUCGGAAAUAUUCGAAACAUCCUCGAUGACCCAAUUUAAAAUUAUAUACGAAUUUGUCACUGCCCCUAAUCUCACGCUCCUUCACAUAGACCUGCAAGUAGUGGGAGCAUUGUGCAAAUGGUGGGAGGUUGCAAAGGAGCUGAUAGACACAUAUGACGACAUGUGGACUUGCUACGAGCUGAUCUGUCCUGCUAGCACUAAAACUGCAAUUGGACCUUUUAGAACGGCUGCUAUUGCUGCAAUGUCCUGGAAGAGGGCAACCAACAAUGCAGAAUCGCUAGGCCAGAUUAAAGGUGUAAAAACAGAGGAAAGAUAUAUUAGAUUGGCUCAGAAAGUACUCCCACCUCGAUGCUACGAGGGGAUUGACUUUACAGGAGGAUGGUUGGAUAAAGCAAAGGAAACCAGUGUACCUAUGAUCAGCUGGGAGAAGCUAAAUGAAUUGAUCGAUUCGGGAGAUAUCACUCUUGAGUAA